UCGUUUCGCCGUCUCCUUCCCGGCUCUAGAAACAACAUGGUGGAGACAAUGAGGGCUAGAAGGCCGCGAAAAUUCUGAGGCACGGUGACCCGGAAACCCUGGAGAGAGGAGUCCUAGUUACCGGAAACCGUACUCGAAGCUCGGAAAUCCGUGAAAGCCGUAACCUAGGAUUAUUUUGUGUUACCCGGGAACGUGGGCUGAAAACUCCCGCCUGAUAUUGGGCUUUUUUAUUUUUAUAAUAGGCCUCGGUGAGGGGCUCCUUGUCAACUAGUUUUUACCUCUCUGACUGUGGUCAUCAGCAUGAAGCUCACAGAUAACGUGCUGCGGAGUUUUAGGGUCGCCAAGGUGUUUCGUGAAAAUUCAGACAAAAUCAACUGCUUUGACUUCAGUCCCACUGGAGAAACUGUGAUAUCCAGUAGUGAUGAUGACUCCAUCGUGUUAUAUGACUGCCAGGAGGGAAAGCCCAGGAGGACAUUGUACAGUAAGAAAUAUGGUGUUGAUCUAAUCAGAUACACACAUGCAGCCAACACAGUCGUCUACAGCUCAAACAAAAUUGAUGAUACUAUCCGAUACCUCUCCCUUCAUGAUAAUAAAUACAUCCGUUACUUCCCAGGGCACAAUAAAAGAGUAGUUGCUUUAUCUAUGUCUCCAGUGGAUGAUACAUUUAUUUCUGGGUCACUGGAUAAAACCAUCAGACUAUGGGACCUACGUUCUCCUAACUGCCAGGGUCUAAUGCAUCUCCAGGGAAAGCCGGUCUGUUCUUUUGACCCUGAAGGACUUAUAUUUGCUGCCGGGGUAAAUUCAGAGAUGGUCAAAUUGUACGAUCUGCGCUCUUUUGAUAAGGGUCCCUUUGCUACUUUUAAAAUGCAGUAUGACCGAACGUGUGAAUGGACAUCUCUAAAAUUUAGUAAUGAUGGAAAGCUUAUCUUGCUUGCAACCAAUGGGGGCUUCAUCCGACUUGUCGAUGCUUUUAAAGGUGCUGUCCUACAUACAUUUGGGGGAUACAAUAACAGUAAAGCAGUUACUUUGGAAGCUUCAUUUACUCCAGAUUCACAGUUCAUUAUGAUAGGUUCAGAGGAUGGCAAGAUCCAUGUCUGGAACGGAGAGAGUGGAAUGAAAGUGGCAGUGCUGGAUGGCAAACACACGGGACCUAUCACUUGCUUGCAGUUCAACCCCAAGUUUAUGACAUUUGCCAGUGCUUGUUCUAACAUGGCUUUCUGGCUCCCGACCAUUGAUGACUGAUUUACUGGUGCAUCCCGCUCAAUCAGUUUCUCUUUAACUAGGAGGUGAUCUUAGUGACAAUUGGAACCCCUUCAAAAGCUAACUCUACCUAGCACCUAAUACAUGAAGGGAAUGAAAUAUGAAGUCUCCAGUAUUCCCAUUCUUCAAUAACAAAUAGAUAUGUACAUAGUUUUUUUGCCAAAUUUAUCAACACACUUGGAUUUUGUUCAUCAGUGUUCAAUUCACAGUUCAAACUUUUCCAUUGUUGCAGUUUCCAGAUCAUUUUACCUGAUGGUCUUUUGAAAGAAAGUUGUUCACAAGCCUUUUCGUAAUUCUGUGGUAACAUUUCUUAAACAUUUUUUUCCCCUUCUCAUCGAUCGCCUCAUUUAACGUGUGGCAAAUCGUUCCUACAUUGUGUUGUGGUUGCAUGCUUGAGAUGCUUAUAACAAACUGUGGCUGCCUCUCCCUACUGGGUAACUGAUUAUAUCCUGUAAGGUGCUUAAUAUCCUGAGUCUUUUAUACAUUUAUUAUCUGGUCUGUGUAUAUUAUCCUGUAGUGCACUGUUGACCUGGUUAUGCCUACAUUUUUUUAUUAUAGAAACUGUUUCCACUCUGGUUCUCACGACAAUGCAUUUUCCCACGUUGUGCUACCAUUAAUAUAAUUGUUUUUGCAUAUUACUUUUAUUGUUCUUCCCAAGGAAACAUGAAAUUUGCUGAGGGUAUAAACCGCAAUUUCAGGUGCAAUAUUUUAGGCAAAGCACUUCUUAAAAUAUGGGCAAUAUCCAAUUUACAAUUGCUGUUAUGCUCUUCUGUUUAGUUUUUGGUUAAGGAAGAAGUCAUUUUUAAGUAACUUUGUAAUAGAAAAUUAAUGUGAUUUAUUUUGUUAGAAUAUGUCAUUUUAACACUACUCAUCCUGGAACUCUGUGUUUUAACAUUGGCAAAUGAGUUAAACCAGGGGUCAACAAAUCUGUUUAAAAUUUUGGAGCCAGUAAGAAUAUUUAGUAGCCAGGCAUAUACUUUAAGCCAGACUGUGGUAUCUGUAUAUAGAUCUAUGGAGAAUAACCCAGAGAGUUAGGAGCCAGUGGCUCCCAAGCUCCUGGGUUUGUCGAGCCAUUCAGAAAAAUGUAUCAAAUUGUCUAAAAAAAAUUCCCAUAUACAUUAAUGGUGAUUUUCUGUUGAAAGCCAUUAUAUAAGUAUUUUUAAAGUAUUGUGAUCAACCCCAUAGUCAUGUUCAGGAGCCAGAAAGAACUGCUAGUCGCAAUCAGGAAACAGAGAUAGUCGCACAACGCUGCCAUUGACAUGCUGAGUCCAACUCCAGGGCUACAAUGCUCCCAAGCAGAAGUUUGCGUUUAACCGCUAUUGAGGGGGGUAAACCCACAAUUCCUUAGUGAGUAGUGCAAAAUAUUACAUGUGCUAACGAUUUAGAGCACGUCAUUAUUUUACUUCAAUGUCCCUUAAAAGCGAAUGCACCUGGGUUUUACUGUGCCACUUACUGGAUUUCGGAUUUCCAAUGUUAUUUCAUUUUUUAAAAAAUACAGCUAUCAAAUGCUGAAGAACCAUGCUUGUCUUUUGUCAUAAGCCUUACCAAAUAAUUGCUGAAAGUUAGUAUUGUGUAAGCAGCUGGUCCUGCUGUAAAUAGUGUAUUUGUCAUAAAUUGUUUACAUGUGCACAGUGGCGAAUAUUCACGUUUCUGAUAAAACCGCCAGUUUUUUUUUUUUUUUUUAAAUAUCAAUUUAUUGGAUACUGUAACAAGACUAUUCAUUUAGGCUGUUUUGUUCACCUGAAGGAUUGUUAUGGAUCAAAAACAUUUGUAACUGCUUUGAAGAAUUACAUUCAUAUCUGAAGUUUUCAUAGUAAAGAGCCAAAUUCAUUAAUAUUUGGUGUUUCUAUGCUAAGCAAUAUAACUUUUUUUUAAACAUCUAUUAACCCCUUAAGGACCAGCGAUGUACCCUGACAUUUGCGUUACACCGUUGCUUGCGACGGGAACCGCACUAUUAUAAACAAAUAAACCUUUAACGACCGGCGACAUACAUGGUACGCCGUGGUCGUUAAGGGAUUAAAUAUGAAGGAACUGAUAAAUUUAUCUUCUGUCCCAGCAAAAAUCCAGUUGUGUAAAACGGUUGCUUCCGAGUGAAAGGGGUAUUAAAAAAAAAAAAAAAAAAAAAGUGUUUGCAACCACAGCAGUAUUCCAGAAAAAUACAGAUUUCAUUCUUCAAAUAUUUUCUACUUGUCAGGAACCUGAACAUAGUUUCACCUCUGUAUAUAGGAAUGUUACAUUGCAAGAUUACAAUUAUAUGCAGAUAAAAAAUCCAGAUGUUUCUUGUACAUUGUUUUUUUUAUAUAUAUAAAUAAAAAAAAAUGGCCUAA